GGCGGGGCCGUGCGCGCAGAGCCGCCGGCGGCUUCUCUCCCAGCGCGCGCCGCGCAGCGCGGCCGCCAACGAGCCCGUCCCGCCCUCUUCGCAAAACCCGGCAUGUGAAACCCGUGCCCAACUCACCGUCCUCCGCUGAACACUCACCCUCAGCAGCGCGUAGCCGCCGGGACCGCCGUGAAGCAGCUCGGCCCUACCGCGGCGGCUGCCCACGCCGUGAGGGACUUUUGCCUCAGCCACCGAGCCUCGACGGCCGCCACAAGCGCGUGCCGGGAUCCAGGCCCUAACUGAGCCACGGGCGCUGUGGGCGGCUUCACGUCCCGGGACACGUUUUGAGAGAGGCCGAGGCCGUUGCGGGACCGGGAAGCGGGACGGUUGUGUCGGUUUAUUUUGAAAUCUACGUCAGCAGCCGCCGUUUUCCCCUCACAGCCCAGCCCGGCCCGGCCCCGCGGUGGCGGCGGCGCGGGCUGCCAUGGCAACCGCGCUUCCAUGGCAACCGCACUGCGCCUGCGCGCCGCGCGCCCUCCCACCGGCCGUUUCCCAGGCCGCUGGCGAUUUUAAACCCCCUGCGCGCGCGCGCUGGCGGUUGGUUCCCCGGAGGCCGCUCGGAUUGGUCGGGCGAGACGUUUCCCCCCCACACAGCAUGCCGAUUGGGUAGAAGAGGGUGGAGGGGCGGGACUGUGGGCUGAGCUGCUUUCUGAUUGGCCGGUGGAGGCUGGCGGCGGGGAACGAGAAGUCGUCGGUGAAGCUGGAGAAGGCGCCGCAGCGGGGCGGGAGGAGCUGAGCCGCGGCGGGAGGUUCGGCGGUUCCUGGUGCUUCCCCCUCCGGGGAGUGCGGCGGGAGUUAGGCCCUGGGGAGAGAGUGUCACUGGCUUUCUACGCCUGAAGAGACACCGGCAAGCCCCUUCUGGUACUCGGCUGAGGGAGGGGCUGUUGCGGGCAGGCUCCGCGGCCGGGAGGAGGGGGCUGAGCUGCGGCCGCCCUUGCAUGGACCCCGUUCUGCCUGGCCCGGAUCUGAGAUUUGUUCCGGAAAAGAUGGUGCCUUUCAGUUUCCCGCUAUCUAAGCGUGCACUUUGGGACCCAUUCCCAAUGGGUGAUGUCAUUGGCUCACAUAUUACCUAUUACAGAAACCCCAAGUUAUCCAUGAUGGAGAAAACCUUGCGACUCGCCUAUCGCCAUGCAAAGCAGAGUGAAAAGAAGUUAUUCUCCUGUUUUUUGCUUGGGAUGCUUGCAGUAGAUGAAGAUGGGGAAGGUAUAACACUAACAAUAGACCGCUUUGAUCCUGGACGAGAAGUUGCUGGUGGGUCAGGCAAAAUUCCAACUGCAUCUCUUCCUGGAGACUUUUUGAUUCCAUGUACAGUCAAUGCCUGGGGACCUUCUUCAGAUAAUAUUAUAGUGCACAGUGCUGAAGAUAUCAGCUUGGCUUUCAAGGGUCUGCAGCACAGUCUGUGCAGUAAAGAAUCACUGGAUCUUUCUAAACUGCUCACUGUUAGAGCUCACAUUGUUUUCACAGAAAACCUGGAUAAUCUACAUUUUAACUUCCGCUGGGCUUCUAUUACUGCAGCAAAUAUCUUGGAAUACAGCCCUGUGAAGCCUGUCCCAAUUAUUCCCACAGCUCUAGCAAGAAAUUUGAGCAGUUCUAUGAAUAUCUCACAAAUUCAAGGAACAUACAAAUGUGGCUACCUGACUAUGGACCAGACACGGAAAUUGCUUUUGCUGCUCGAGUCUGAUCCUAAGGCUUAUACUCUGCCAUUAGUUGGAGUUUGGCUGAGUGGAGUUAUUCAUAUCUGUAGUCCUCAAGUCUGGGCCUGUUGCUUGCGAUAUUUAUUCAGUUCUUCAAUUCAUGAAAGGGCUUUUUCCGAAUCUGGGAGUUUUCUUAUCGUGCUUUAUUCAUUGACACACAAAGAACUAGAGUUUUAUGAGUGCAUUCCAUGCAGUGGACAGACUGAACUAGGGUUUCAGAUCUUAACUUGCCUUGAAACAGUACACCUCUUCAAAAAUGUUGAACCUUCAGACAAGAGCUCUAUCCAGUUUGAGUUGAGUGCAGAAAACCAAAAUGCAGAGACUGAAUUCUUCAGCAGAGUUUGCAAGAAACUUCCCAUCAGAAGUCCUCCCCAAGACUAUUCACCCAGCAAGUUGUCAGCAAGUGAUCAUGACUCUGGUGUAGAAGAUGAGGAUUUAUCCCCCAGACCGAUUCCAAGUCCUCACCCAGUGAGUCAACAGGUUACCAGGAUCUUUCCGUCAGUUCCUGAACUGUCACUUGUUUUGGAUGGGAGUUUCAUAGAACCAGGACAAGUAUCUAAGCCAGUGGGGUCUUCAAAUGCUAAAAGUCUACCCUCAGCACUACCUCAGCCUAUUAAAAAGAAGUGGUGCUUGGGAUCUACAUAUUACCCCACCCAGCACCCUGAAGACAAGCAAAGCUUUUCUGCUAAUGUGGGAGAUCCUUCUUUGAGGCAAUUGCCAAACCAUUUAAACCAGAAAAUGCCGACUUCAAGGCCUUCCAGAGGAAAGCAAGCUCUACUACAGCAACAGUUACACUGUAAGAAAGCUUGCCCUCAAUCAAGAAAAAGUUCUGGGUCAUCAUCUUCUUCAACCCCUUGUAGUGGGCCUUCCCCAGAGACAUCUGUGCAUCACCCCAGGAAGUCAUCAGAGAGACUUGUAUUAAAUCCCGAUGCAGUCACACAACAGGGAGAGCCUCCUGUUAGAAGAACAUCAAUACCCAGUUCCAAGCAGCUUCCUGCUGUUACAGAACCAGUCCUCUACAACUCUGCUUUCUCACCACAAAGUUGCAGAAGACCACCAGAACUGCAGGUGCCAGUUCAAAUGCCACCUUGCUGUCCAGUUAGUGCAUGCAACUGUCAGUGUCCUGCUUCUGUUCAACAUAACCCCAUACAUUCAUGGCAAGCCUUUGGUAAAAUGAGCCCCCAACAUGGAAUAGAAACCCAAUCAGAAAUGGCUCAACAGAAUCCAUGUACAGUGCUCCAUCCAAAUAUGAUUUGCCCAAAUAUCUGCUGCAAUCCAGGAUAUACCACAAGCAGCCCUAUAAGCAUGGGCUAUCAUGGGAAAACGGGGAACUGCUCUCUUGACAACAGCUUAUCACCUGGGAUAAGACUGCCUUCGAGUGCCAGCCCCUCCAGUCCACAGUGCUGUGCAGCCCACUCAGCCUGCCUGCACCUGCCUGCUGCUAAAGCAGGAUCAGAUAAUGGGAUGAUGGGAUUAUCUCCAGAUGCAUACCGAGUGCUUACAGAACAAGAUAGGCAACUCAAAUUACUUCAAGCACAGAUCCAACGCUUAUUGGAAGCACAGGCUCAUCAGGCUUGUUCCUCUGCACCAGCCUCAGCCAGCCCCUCUCUGCAGCCCGAGGAGCCAGGGGACCUGGUUUCUAUGGAAACACCACUCUCACCAGGUUCACACACUAGAAAAAGUGUGAGCAUUGCUGUGAGCACAGGUGCUAGCUUGUUUUGGAAUACAGCCUCAGAAAAACAAGAUGACUCCAUACCACAAGGAAAAAAGGAGGAUGAGGAGAUUUCCAAGGAAGACAUAAGCAUUUCCAUUAAUGCUGAACAAGAUGCAAGCAAUACAAGUAUUGCUUCUUCCUUAAAGGUGGUUGACAUGCCCAGCUUUGUAGACAGCAUUCACCUUGCAGAAGAAGGAACUAAUCAGAACACUCUCCAGAAUGGAAACGUUUCCCAAGCACUUCACAGUUCAUCCUUGGAAGAAAGUAUUAGCGUGUCUUUACAGAAAGAACCAAGAGAGGGAGCCAGCAGCCACGUGGUGGUAACAAGUGAGCCAAACAAGGAGCCACCCGCCACCUCGCUGCCCCGGCAUCCAUCAGAUGAUCAGAAGCUUUACCAGGACUUACUGGGCCAAGUAAACCACCUCUUGAAGUCCUCAAAAGAGCAAGAUCCCUUGUCUGUAAAGUCAGGAUCUGUUGAUGAUGAUGGUCCUAAGUAUCAGCACAUUGAUAAUACCACAGAAGUGGUUUCAGAGAUUGACACAGGAGUGGUGGAUAAAGAGAGUGUGAUUAGUGCUACACUCGAACAGCUGAAGAGUCUUGGAGUGACCAUUGACUCGCCUGGGAAAAUGAAGAAAGCUACCCACAAAGUGGACAAUGCCAGCAUCUUGGCGUGCAUAAAUCCUGAGGCAGUGGUUCCUGGACUAAGUUAUAUGUCAUUUGCCAAUGUCAGCAUGUGUGGCUUAACCCCUAAUGUCGUUGAUCUGAGCAUGGAAGCAAAUGCCAUUGCCCUCAAGUAUCUCAGUGAAAAUCAGUUAUCUCGACUUUCUCUCAGUCGCUCAGGCCAAAAUCCUCCUGCAGAUUUCUCUCUCCAAGACAUCUUGCAUACAAAUAUGGACAAGAGCAUGGUGGGUCUUAGCUUAAUUUCACCAAACAAUAUGUCUUUUGCGACCAAGAAGUACAUGAAGCGAUAUGGGCUGAUCCAGGGUGAUGACAGCAGUGAAGAUGAAGAGGCGCUGCAGGUUCAAGACGGCAGUUCUGGCACUGUUAGAAACGAAAGCACACGGGAUGAAAACUGUACCCCUGUGUUGGAGGGCUUCAACCACAGGACUGAGUUAUCCAGAAGAAUUGAUAGAAGGCUUCCCAUGCAUCUAAAAGGUGACAGGAGAGAGAUGACUGCUAGUGCUUCUCCAGCAGAAUUCACCAGCCCUGUGUUAAGAAAGGUUACAAAUGAUUUUUUUCCUCCCAGAGCGGAUCAAGCAGAUGAAAACUCAGCUCAGAUUUUAAAGGAUUUAAAAUCAAAACCCAAAUUGUUACCUGGGAGGGCUGAAUUCACUGAGCAACCUGGCAGGAAAGAGGAAGGAGCUAUUCAGGUCUUCUCUGAAAAUCUUCAUACUCCAGCCCUUGAAACCUUAAACCAGUCCAACAGCAUCAAUUCUGUUGGCACCAUUCUCGAUGUGAAACAACUCCGGCAGUUGCCAAAGUUGUUCUGAACAUCCCCAGGGAUGGCUGACAGCUACUGUUCCAAAUCUGAGAGGGACCUCUGGAAAAGGCUACAGGAAACCAAGGAUUAAGCCAUCAUCUGUGAGGGGGUCACUCUGUUGUAGAAAUUUCAAACUUGCAGAGCUGAGAUUUCUUUCAACCCAGGUGGGAGCUGGUCACCUCUGAAGGCCUGGCUGAGUCAGUCCUGCUCAGCACUGCACUACGUGUGCACUUUUGUUUGCAGUUUAGUGUGGUUGUUUUUUAAAGCAUCUAAAAGGUAAAUCAACCUGAGCCCAAGAUGUAUUCUUAAUGUACUUUUACCAGUGAUGCCUAUUUAACUGUUGUUUUACUGACUUUUUCCAUGUUUGUGCCACCUGGGAGCUGUGACCACUGCAGGGGGCAGAGCAGGGGCCACAGAGCUCAAGCACUAACUGCUAGAAAUUUGCUGAAAGCGUUGGAUUACUGGAAAAAGGGGUGGGGGGAUUGUAUCUGGUGGGAAGGGAAGUGUAACCCUGGCUUUACUUUGCAUCAAAUGCUUUUGAAUUCAGCCAGAGUGUCCUACCUGGGUCCCUGGAUCAUGAGCUCAUGGAAGGAAAUUAGAAAGACUAGCACUUUUAAAACUUCUGUGAUUGGGUGGUUUUGAAUGAAUUAAUGUUUUCUAUUUAUUUAAGAAGUAUCUAUUGCUCAUAAAAGUCAAAGGUUCCAUUAAAUACAUUUAAAAGUC